AUAUCCGUGAAUAAAUUUUCUUGAGUCUCUCGCUGCCGUAAGACCGUGUGGAGACUGCUAGCGAGUAACACGUGUAACAGGGGUGUGUCAUUGGCUCGGUAAUUCGCUGGUCAAACUCGGUGGUCCAUUCUUUGACCGCCACUCUCGCUCGUGCAGAGUAGUUUAGUUAGAACAGCACGCAAUGCGUACCCCGCUGUGGUUUAUUUUAAUGACGUCGUUCUCUCUCGGUGCUCUUGCAUCACCCUCGACGUACGACGGCGACUUGACCUUCGUUGGAAAUUCACGAGCGAACGCAACCACGUUUUCUGUUCCACCGGUGCACAAAAAGGAGAACAUGGCAGCUACCCUUCGUCGCUUCGCCUGUGGUCUGGCUGAAAAGGUGCCACACUGGGUCAAGCAGAAGCUGAUCGAGGCGCCGGUGUCAACGCAGUGCUCGCUAGCCCUGCUCAAGAUGCUUCGCGGACUUUCAGACCUGGAGCCUUGGGCGGUGCGCAUGUUCGACUCUACCGGAAAAAUACCGACCGGCGUGUUCACGGGAACCUCUACCGAGCUGGGAUCUUUCGACGAGUGCCUUGCAACCGUCGUAAGGGACGACUCCGGCACAGAGCAUAUCAGAGCUCAGUACUGUAGCCUGUUCAUCCGCACGGACAAAGACACCUCGAUCUCUGAACUUCUAUUGCCUGGAUUCAUCAUGACUCACCGAAAUACGCCUACAUUGAUGAGCUACAUGAACGACCCUCGGACACCAGGCUUUCGCUGGGGCGUUUGUGUUGUUUCGGAGUGCAAAGAAGAAGAACUGGAAGAGAUCGCUCGUUCUCUGAUUGGAGACAUGGUGACAGUAAAUGUGAAAUACUGCAUGACGGAUAUCACGCCAGGCCUCACGACUGCUCAAGUUGCUGUUGUGGCUAUCCUGGCGACCCUUCUAGUGCUGAUGGUGGCUGCUACUUUCCUGGACAUGUACGCGUCUGAUACUACAAAGAAGAACGCGGCGGUGAACGUCCUGAGGUGCUUCUCAAUACCGGCUAACCUGAGGCUCCUGGCGUCCAAGCCCGAAAGGUUGUCUGACUCCUACCAACUGCGGUUCCUGCACGGCCUGCGCGCCGUCAGCAUCUACUAUAUCGUCUACGGUCACUCCACGUGCGAGAUGGCGUUUGUCAGUGCCAACUCUACCUAUGCUCUGCAGUACAUCGAUAGCUACGAAUCGACCCUAACGCUAGCUUCGUUCCUGUCUGUGGACAACUUCUUUUUCAUGAGCGGGUACCUGCUGUCCUACACGCUCCAUGGCCUCAAGAAGGGAAGAGGAGUCCUUGCAGUCAUUGUCAUUAUUGUUCGACGUUGGUACAGGCUGGUGCUGCCCUUGGUAUUCGUGGCGUGCUGUUUCUCCCUGCUGCCAAUGAUCGCUACGGGACCUACCACUACUCUCGUAUACGACCAUUUCUAUGCAGACGUCACUGGAUACUGGUGGGCUUUCGUCCUGAACAUCCGAAACAUGUAUGAAGAGCUCACACACGGUGUCAGCGUCCACACGUGGUACAUCUCGGCUGACUACCAACUAUUCCUUGCUGCUCUUCUCGCUCAUCAGCUGAUUCGGACACGCGCUAUCGUCACUACUCUGGCGGUGAUGUGUAUCGCAUGUUGCUCCUUCACUGCGUGGCAGAUGAGUGGUAGUAGGUAUUCACCCGUAAUCGUUCAGCUGACAGAGACGUAUGACGACUAUAUCAAGAUGUUCACCAACGUGUACAUGCUUCCUACAUACCAUGCUGCCAGCUUUUUUGGGGGUUGCAUCACAUUCUACGUCGUGGCAAAGUUCAAGAACGAAAAAGUUUCGAAGGGUGUCCAGGCGAUGCUCUGGGCCGUCGUCAUCAGCUGUGCCACAGCCUGCGUGCUUUAUCGUUUCGAGUGGACACGCGGCACUAAGCACAGUGAGCUGGCAAAGGUGUCGCUGGCCUUCUGGGAUCGUAUUCUCUGGACGUUGUCCCUGGCGGCGUUUACCUUCAUUCUCGUAUCUGGUAGAGGAGGCUUCGUACAGACCAUGCUGUCGGCUACACCACUGGCCGUUCUUAGCAGGCUUUCCUAUGGCAUCUACCUAAUCCACUUUCCAUUCUUCCUUCUUUGGAAAUCCGCCGUCAGAGAACGGCUCUACACUAAUAUAUUCAAUUUGUUCUCCGAAAGUGUACCGGUGUUUGUGUGGAGCUGCAUGCUUGCGUUGGUGCUGUUCUUGGCCUGCGAGGCUCCGGUUGGACGUCUGGACAAAAUAUUGUGGGCCAAGUCGUCGCUCAAAAAGAAAGAGGAGCAAGUCAAUGAGGGGCACGACCUGGAGCUACCUACACGUCACUCUGAAGCACCUGAAGAGACCCAUCAUCGGUGAAUAAAUCACAGCCGCCUACACCAUGUG